CUCUUCGUCGGUCUCAAUGUUUACAUUUUUUCUGAGCAGACGGGUGGAUUGUAAUUAUUUUCUUUUAAUUGUAAUGUUUUUGCAGUAGAAAAACUUCAAAAUCCAAGCAUGUUUUCAUCAACAAUAGCCUUACAAAAAUAUGUUCCUGCUGGGUUGAAAAGAACUAUGUGUUGGCGAUUCAUGAGUUUAAAUUCAGAAUUACUUAAAUGUGAAGGAAAGGGUCAUUUCAUUUCAAACGAUCACCAUUUGCUAAAAACAACUAAAUAUUUAUCAUUAACGAGGCAGAUGGCAGGGCAUGCUAAAUGGCAAAAUGUAAAGCACAUAAAAGCAGAAAAAGAUCGACAAAAAACUAUGUUAUGUAAUAAAUAUUCUCGUCUUAUAGCUCUUGCUGUUCGAGAGAAAGGACCUGACCCAAAAGUUAAUAUCAAAUUAGCAAAUCUGCUUGAAGAAGCAAGAAGGCAAAAUGUUCCUUUAUCGAGUUUAGAAGGUGCUCUUAAAAAGGGAUCUAACAAGAAAAUAAAAGCAGGAUCUAUGGAAAUUUUUGCUCCUGGAGGACCUUAUUUAAUUGUGGAGUAUGAAACGGAUAAUAUUUCAACAAUUAGGCAUGAUCUCAAAACCAUCUGCAAAAAACAUGGUGCAUCUGUUGUGGGAGGAGAAGGAAAAUGGAGAGCAGUCUAUGAACAAAAAGGAUUUCUAAAAGUUACUAGACAGAAAAAUGGAGAGGCCAUUAAUGAAGGAAAAUCUCUUGAUGAUGCAAUUUUAGCAGGAGCUGAAGAAGUGCAUACAAUAUUGGAUGAAAAUGAAGAAAAUAUCUUAGAGUUUACAUGUGCUCCAGAUGAUCUGCUUCAAGUGAAAAAAGAGUUAGAGCAAGAAUAUGAGAUUGAAGAAGCUUAUAUUGGGUACAAGCCUACUACAACUGUUGAAUUGCCAGAAGAAGCCAUUGCUAUUAAUGAAAAAUUAUUAGAAGAUAUUGGAAAUUUGCAAGAAGUUGUUAGAAUAUAUGAAAAUAUAAAAUAAAUUAUUUAACUGCCUUUUAAAUUUAUCAAUGGUUGAUU